GGAGCCGAGCUCGAGCCACUUGAGCCCGUCCGCUCAGCUCGUUCGCAACCCUACUCCCAAGUAUCACACUAUCAAUGUGCCCUCUGUUCAGUAAACACUCAUGCAUGUCGCGUUGUUCUGACUUCUUAGUGCAAAUGCAUUGAGGGGAGAGAUAGUAGAACUCGCUGAAACCCUCUCACACCCAGUAACCCGUCCCCUCCAGCGACAUCUCUCUACAUAUCAGCACCUUUCUAAAGUCUCUAUAGAUUAGCGUCUGAGCAAACCAAGAUUUUGAUUUUGUCUCUGAGGGCACAUGCAUUGAGGAGAGAGAUAAUAGAGAGAGGGAUGGCUUCAGCUUUGGAAAAUGAGAUUCCAUCACCGGAUAUUAUCAUACCCAACGAAUGGUCCGAUACUGCCGACACCAUAGCCUAUGAUUCUGUUACUUCACCCCCACCGGUUUCCUUGAUCUGCGGCCCCAAAAAUUGUGGCAAGACUACGUUUUCCCGCCACCUCCUUCAUGUUCUUCUCAAAAGGUAUAGAAAAGUGGCUUAUUUGGAUACCGAUGUUGGGCAGACAGAGUUUACUCCACCUGGUUUCCUAUCACUCACAAUAAUUGACAAAAUACCUGCUGAUUUGACAAUUCCAUGCCUUAAAACACCAGAGAGAUGCUUUUUCUUUGGCGAUAUUUCAUCAAAAAGGGACCCAAAACUCUACUUAACAUAUGCAUGUGCCUUGUAUGAUCAUUAUAAGAAAAAGUACUACAUGCUUAAUAAUAGUGAAAAGCCUGCUAAUGCAGAAAUGCCCAUUGUGAUUAAUACCCCUGGCUGGGUAAAAGGCAUUGGCUAUGAAAUACUUGUGGAUAUCUUGAAAUAUAUUUCUCCUAGUCAUGUUGUCAAGAUUCGCAUAUCUGCUGAGAGCAAGAAUCUACCACCGGGGGCAUUUUGGCUAGAUGAAGGGGAAGCUCCAGUGACAAACCUAAUUGAAAUCAAUUCAGCCCGUCAGGACUCUUCACGAAGAUCGAUUCUGGUGCAGAAGGAUGCACGACUUCUGAGGGACCUUCGUAUCAUAGCUUAUUUUAGACAAUGUUUUCCAAAUGAUGCUAAUAUCACUACAUCCAAGGAACUAGCUCAUGCAUUAGCUGCACAUCCUCCAUAUGAGAUAUCUAUAUCAAGUGUCAAAAUUAAGCACCUUCACUGCCAGGUACCCAAGGAUGAGGUUUUCUACAGCUUGAAUGCAACAAUUGUUGGCUUGGCCGUUAGCCCUGAAGAUAUGCCUCACUGUGUUGGUUUAGGAAUUGUGAGAGGCAUUGACACCACCAGGCAGGUCAUCUAUUUAAUUACUCCUGUGCCAUUGGACAGUCUGGAAAAGGUUGAUCUUUUGCUGCAGGGUUUUAUUGAAAUUCCUACUUCUUUAUUGCAAGUUCAAGGCUGCAUUUCACCUUACAUGUCUGCCAAUGUAUUGCCUGCAUAUUAGGAGACCAAUAGUGGUGCUUGUUAGAAUUAGAUUAUUAGUUAAGUAGUAGUUUGCAAAAUUAAAUUACUGAGGUUAGAUAUCCUCUUAAUAGGAAUUCUAAUAUAUCGAACAACAAAUGUACUGUCAGACGAUUGAAGUUGUUUGGAUUGAACAUCUCAUGUUUCAUCUUUCUUUAGUCUGUU